GAAAUAAAGGAGAAGAAGGUUCAUUAGGUGAGCAAGGGCUAGAAGGCUUGCUCGGACCAGCAGGACCUGAUGGUGAUCAAGGUGACAUGGGAGAAAAAGGAAACACAGGGCCACAAGGUCCUCCAGGCCAAACUGGGAUUCCAGGGCAACCAGGAUCAGCAUCCACAUGGAGUAGUGGGUUCCUGCUUGUUUUGCAUAGUCAGUCAGAAACAGAACCGUUUUGCCCUGAGGGAAUGACAAGAUUAUGGACUGGAUACAGUCUGCUGUAUUUUGAAGGGCAGGAGAAAGCCCAUAAUCAAGACCUUGGUCUGGCUGGAUCCUGCCUUCCAGUGUUUAGCACUAUGCCUUUUACCUACUGCAAUGUCAAUCAAGUCUGCUACUAUGCAAGUCGAAAUGAUAAAUCUUACUGGCUUUCAAGUGCAGCUCCUUUGCCCAUGAUGCCCCUCUCAGAUGAAGAAAUAGAGCACUAUAUUAGUAGAUGUGUAGUAUGUGAAGCUCCUGCCCAAGCUGUUGCAGUUCAUAGUCAAGAUCAAUCCAUUCCUUCUUGUCCACCAAACUGGAGAAGUCUUUGGAUAGGUUACUCAUUCUUAAUG